CUAUGGAGCAAGAAAAACAAAAAUGAAGCUGACACUACAGUAGAGUUGGCAAAAUCAGAAUCAUCUGAUAAGAAAAUCUCAAAUUUAUUGAAGGCCAAAUCCGAUAUUGCAAAGUCAGUGGCGAAGAAGUUCCUGAAGACAAGAAAAGAAAAUAAUACUUCUGAGGUCCAGAGGAAAAGGCAAAAGAAGAAAGGCGCGAGCAAAGCAGAAGACAGUAAAGCAAUAAAAAUUGAUGUUAUGAAGUUAAAUUCAAUGGAAGAAAACCAGCAAAAGGAUGCUACGACGAGUGUGGAGCACGUAGAAAAGAAUCAGGAGAUCCAAAAGAAUGAAGAAAAUACAAGUGCAUCAGAUAACAAGGAAAAGAUUACAAAAUCAAAAUACAAUCCCAAUAAACGAAGAAGUGGCAAGGAACCUGGCCUUUCAAACAAAAAAUCGAAGAAUGAAGAAAAGUGGGAGGGUAAUAAAGGAGGGAAACAAAAUGAACAAAAGGAAAAAGACAGUUUGUCAGUGAAGAAUAACACAAGUGAUGAAAAGCGAGAUGGUAAGGGAACGGAUCAAGAACCUAAAAGAAAGAAAAUAUUGAUGGUCUAAUAUUUAUGUGCAAUGCAAAGACCAAGCCAGAUUGUUUCCAAUAUCAUGUAAUGGGGGUAUCAGGUGGCAAAAAGGAUCUUGUUCUGGGUAUUAGGCCGGGGGUUAAGCUUUUUCUAUAUGACUAUGAUCUCAAGCUAUUAUACGGGGUUUAUAAAGCAGCCUCGUAUGGUGGCAUGAAACUUGAGCCGAAGGCUUUUGGUGGGGCUUUCCCUGCUCAGGUGCGUUUCAGUGUACAUGUUGAUUGUUUUUCUCUGCCAGAAAGCAUUUUCAAGAAAGCAAUCAAGGAAAAUUAUGAUGAAAAGAACAAAUUCAAAACUGAACUUACUGCUAGACAAGUUCGGAAGCUCACAGAACUUUUUCGGCCAGUUCCAGUUCAAUCAACUGCACAACCUUUUCACUCCCCAUCAAGGGUAACAGCUUGCAUAAUCGAGCGCCCUGAAAAAAGGGAAGCUCAUGAUCGACCAAGGGAAGCAAGGCCCCUGUCACACAGGGAAGCUUCUCUUAGAGCUACUUAUGCAUCUCGUGAAAAGGAUCAGCGAAUUGCACAUCGAGAGUUGGCAUCUACUAAGAGGGGGGAUGGUCAUCGCGAUUUAUACUUUAGUGAGAAGGAAUACAGGGCUUAUGGUCUUCUGGGGGAGAGAAGAAAUUUGAGUCCGGCUCCUACAUUAACAUCUUACCUGGGAGAUCACAGAGAGCCACCUUUGCGACAACCAGAUACAGUAUACAGGGAACAUGUGCCUGAUCUUGACUGAAAGAGAAUAUCGGACUUAUGAUUUGGGUGCUACACGAGUAAUACAUCCAACAGUUUCUGCAGCAACUGCAAACACAUCUGUAGCUGGUGCUUCUAUCUUGGACUCUUAUAUUACAGAUCCAUAUUAUGGCCGUUAUUCUGGUGAUGCAUUGGUGGAUGCUUAUCUACCACCUCCGAGAGAGGCACACCUGAUGGAGACCGAUCUUUUGAGGAGGAGAGAAAGCAACCAAGCAGAUAGGUUAUACUCCACACAUCCUUUUGACGCUUUAGUACAUCAUAGUCAGAUGCAUCGUCAUCGAGAUGUUAAGCCUGCAGCUACUUCUACAUCAGUUUCAUCCCGGUAUUCAUUUGGUGGUGCAUCUUGGCUUAUCGCUGAGAGUAAUCAGUCCCUUCGUAUCGCUAAUUCAAGGCAUGGUCUUUUAAAAUUAAUGAUCUCUUUUCCAAUUGUAUGUAUGGAUGCUGUUGAACUUCAAUAAGCUACCCUGUUAAAUGGUUUUAUCAUGGAUCAUUAGGAUAUAGCAAUUUGCAAGCCAGUACUUUUCGAAGCUAUCUGGUUGUGGUUGAAUAUUCUGUCAGAACCUCUUUGCC